CGGUGAGCAUCAUUUUCACCAAAGGAACUCUCGGAAGAUGAUCAGCAAGAUUAAUAUUGUUUAUUUCGCCCCGUAUUAUUGUCUUUCCUUUUAACGGCAGCGCUGACUGCGUAAACAACAGCAUUUCAUUUCCAACUACUGGAGCAGUUUACCAAGGACCUUCAAACUGUCAACAGUUUUUUCUUUAAUAUUUCCCCCCAAAGAUUUUACACGGUGGUCAAAAAAAUAUUAGAUCCCCGAAUUUUAAAUCAACAUGCCCGAAACAACCCAGGAAACGUGUGCUUCAGCGAAAGACUCUCCAUUUUUCAUUAAAAAUCUUCUCAAUUCUGACAGUAAGCCAUCAAAGCCGAAGCCUAUUUUGGCAUCAACUAAAGCAGGACUUGAUGGCAGCUUCUCGCUGUCUCAUUUUGGGGAAUUGAACUUUCCUCGCUUCGAGUUGCCGACCCAGCGCUUUGCUUUACCGGCUUAUCUCGAGCGCGCCUCUGCAUGGUGGUACCCGUACACACUCAGUGCAUCUGCACAUCUCCACAGAACAGAAGCAGCACAGAAAGCAAGGGACUCGUCUCCGACCACAGGCACCGACCGAGAUUCACCUGAGCUCGUGCUCAAAUCCGAGCCGGACGCCAAAGACGAUGACGACGAUAACAAAAGUGGAGACGAGAUUGUCCUCGAGGAGAGCGACACCGAAGAGCCUAAAAAAGAAGGCUGCGUGGACGACUGGAAGAAGAGUGACGACGACGCGGACAAGAAACCUUGCCGGAAAAAGAAAACCCGUACGGUGUUCUCGCGGAGUCAGGUGUUUCAGCUGGAGUCCACCUUCGACAUGAAACGCUACCUCAGCAGCUCGGAGCGCGCGGGCCUGGCUGCCUCGCUUCACCUCACAGAGACUCAAGUCAAAAUCUGGUUUCAGAACCGCAGGAACAAGUGGAAACGUCAACUGGCAGCUGAGCUGGAGGCGGCUAAUUUGAGUCACGCGGCUGCGCAAAGGAUUGUGAGAGUACCCAUCCUGUAUCACGAGAACUCGGCCUCUGAAAGCUCCAACACACCGGGCAACGUGUCCGUAAGCCAGCCGCUGCUCACUUUCCCUCAUCCGGUUUACUACUCUCAUCCCAUCGUCACCUCAGUGCCUCUCCUCAGACCGGUUUGAGAGAAAGAGAGAUGUCUUUUUCUAUGUAACUAUGUAACUAAUACCGUUUCACAAAGACUUGAAAGAGAGAGAGUGAGAGAGAUAGAAGCGGGAAAUGAAACCAAGAGACAGAGCUAUUUUUGUUUAGAAAAUAAUUUAAAAAAGAAAAGAAAAAAAAUUACAAAGACGGACUAUCAUGCAUUUGAGCCCUACAUUUUUGUUUUGAAACUUCUAAAAAUAUACAUAAACUACACAGAAAAGGGUUGUUUAGGGGCCUACAUUUCUAAUGUUGAUGUUGAUGAUGAAUUAUAAUGACUUCGUUAAUUUACUAUCGUCAUUAUUAUUAUUAUUAUUACUACUUAUUCAUAUAAAGUAUAUAAAUAUAAUUGACAAUUCAACUUGACACGUCAAAGAAAAGUGUUUAUACACAUGGUUUAGUUACUUUUUAGCACUGAAAAAUACCACACAGCUCUGAACAUUGUUGUGCAAUACUACUGUGUAUGAACUCUACAUUUUGGCAACAGAUUCUUUUUUAAAACGUUUAUUUCAGACCCCUUUUCUCGUAAGCCACCUGCUAUUAGGUUGAGAAGGUAACCCGCUGAAAACGAUUUUGUGUUCUUGGUCCCGUGCGCUCAGUGGACAAUCAAAAGCUAUAUCUGAUGAUUUGACAGGAAAUAAAGUUGGACUAAAGACACAUACACACAGAGUGAAAAACUUUUACUUUUUAUCUAUAUUAUUUACAGAUUUAUAUGUACAGAUAUAACGAACCAAAUGAGGAAAGGUGUAUUUUGUACAGUAAUAUCUUUUCUUUUUUCUUUCUUUUUUUACACUGUAUUGCUGAAUUGCUGUUGUGAAA